AUGGAGUUGCAUAAGCUUUCCAAUGAAAAACCUCAGGCAUUCUUCUCCAAAAAGGCUAAGCUGGAUCAGGGAGUUGUAAGAUUAACAAAAUUUAGAUCCAAGGGUGUUUGGUUUGCAGAAAUCGCGUUUUGGCCUUCCUCAGGAGGACUUAUUGCUAUUGAUUCGAUGAUUCCUAUCGGACGUGGUCAGCGAGAAUUAAUUAUUGGGGACAGGCAGACCGGUAAAACUGCAGUAGCCACGGAUACGAUUCUCAAUCAACAAGGGCAAAAUGUAAUAUGUGUUUAUGUAGCUAUUGGUCAAAAAGCAUCUCCUGUGGCUCAAGUAGUGACUACUUUACAGGAAAGGGGGGCAAUGGAAUACACUAUUAUAGUAGCCGAAACGGCGGAUUCUCCGGCUACAUUACAAUACCUUGCCCCUUAUACAGGAGCAGCUUUGGCUGAAUAUUUUAUGUACAGAAACAACAUUAGCAAAUGA